UGUCUGCCUGAUCCGGCCGGAAGCUUCCUCCACUGGCUUGUACACAGUUUCUACAGGUCCCUUCUUACCCUGGAUACUCCUCCCCAGGAUCUGCAUCCCAGGGCUGCCUGGCGCCUGGGGAUCUCCUUGGAGCCAGGGCUUUUCUGAUCGCGGCCGAGGCUCACGGGUGUCUUCCAGCCACUCCAUGAGUGAGACAAAUCAAACCACUGUGGGGCCUUCGGAGCUCCCCACAGCAUCAGCCACGUCCCCUGGGCCAGGCUCCGCCGCCCGGGCAUGGCCUGUGCUGUUGGGGGUUGUGCUCGGAGCCGUGUUCCUUUCUGUCCUCAUUGCACUUGUUGCCAAAUGCCACCUCUGCCACAAAUACCUCACCAGCUACCAGCACCGCCGGCUGCCAGAGACAAGGAAGGGGAUCUGUCCGGAGAUGGGUGAAGAUGAGGAUGAUGAUGGCUUCAUUGAGGACAAUUACAUUCAACCUGGGGCCGGCGGGCUGGGGACGGAGGGUAGCAGGAGCCACUUCUCCCUCUGAGCCCCUCUCUUUGGAUGCCCCCUGCCCAGUCAUGUCUGACAGCUCAAGGACAGCGAGUCUCCAGGGGGCUAUGGAACCUCAGGGACAGCGGUGGCUAGGGUUUAAGGGCUAACCAGGCUUUGAGCAAUUUUUCCCCUUUGACACUAGCCACCAAAGUGACGAUGACCCUCUCUCGCUCAGUGACCCUCAGUGGCUCCCUGCUCUUCUCAGGAUAAAGCCUACCAAGGGCCUAACUCUGGAAAUAAGGCCUCUGUCAGCCUCUUGGUUUCCUUUCUUGCCGUUCCCUAUUAUUCUCCCUCCUUAACUAUUUAGUAUUAUAUACCGGAUGAUAGCAUUUAGCAGAUGAAAAUCAGUGUGCCAAGUUUCUUACUGAAAUUUUUUCCUAUCAAUAAAGUGGAUAAUCUAAGUGGUUAUAAUAUAUUCUGUUUUUCACAGGCAUAACUAAAUCUAUUUUCAUUUCAAGUAAGAAUUUAAAAUGUGCUCAAUUUUUUUUUCUGGAACUGGAACUUAUGCAUAAAAAUGUUCCUUGUCUGGUUGCUGGGAGAUGCUGCUCCAGGGAGCCCCUCCCUCUCAUGAAACCCUGUGAGCUGCUUCUCUACCAUCCUCCUCCUCCUCACCACGUUUUACUUUCAUCACUAUUGCAAUUUGCACUUGCUCCUG